ACUCUCUUUACAACCGACAGAACGCACCGUUUUACAUCAUCACUGAGCUUACAACAAAACGUUUUCUACUUCUCUCGGCUCAGCCAUUUUCUCGAACACCUUGACCGCGCUUAAAUUUGAUCUCCCUUAGAUACACCGUUACAAUGUUACGGAGGUCAAUUUUGGAAUUAUCGUCGCGUCGGAGGAUUCUGAGGACCCAGCGGGUUCCCUUGAUUAUUUCUUCAAGAAAUGAAUUUUCAACUGCACCCCAGCUUAAUUCAUCCAACAAACCUAGUCCCACAGGCAAGCGACCUGAAUCUAAGGGUAAUUUGUCAACUCUUGUUGUUGGAACUACUGUCAUUGCCGGUGCUGCCCUUUUAGCAUAUCAGAGUGGGUAUUUGGAUCAAUAUAUUGGUAAAGAGAAUGACAAACGCAAGUCUGUUGAUUUGCCUAAGUUUAAUGAUGGUAAGAACACUUUGAAGGAUGCUCAACAUGCGGUGGAGCCGAUAGUGUCUUCCCAUAGUGACGAAGGGCCUAAAACUGCUGUGGAGCAAGCUUUGCAGAAUGUUCAGAAUGACAAAGAUCUUCCUCAGCCUGGAACAUUGAAUGAAAUACCAGUUGAAAACCAGUCUCAUUUGCAAGAUAAAGCAGAUUUGGCACCUGAAGAUGGUACAAAACCAGUGGAGAAACACUUGGCAGAAAGUUUUAACAAAAGCAUAGAAUCUGAUAUUCAAAGUUCAAGCUCUCCAAUAUCAUCUGAAGAAAGUGUUCAGAGGGAAAGCCCAGAAUCAAAAACUAUCAAGGAACCCAAGGAAGUUCAAGCUACUUCAAUAUCUACCCAGGUGAGUGUAGUUCCUGAUAAAGAUGAGGAGACCAAAAAACACGAGCAGAAAACAAUGCCACAUCAGCAUAUUAUCACAGAAGACAAAUCCGAGGAUGCUUUAGGCAAAGGGGCAGAAGCACCAGCUUCUCUCCUUGAGGCGUAUCAUCUUAAAGAUGACACUGAUGAAGGUGCUACAACCAAAGCAACAGAGGAUUAUAUUAAUGCUAUUGAGGAGCUGAAUAAUGAUUAUCUAUCCAAGGAUGGGAAAUUGGUGUUUGAUUUUUUACAAGCAAUUCAUGCUGCUGAACAAAGGCAAGCUGAACUGGAUGCUCGUAUGUUUGCCGAGGAAAAGAGAGUACUGAAGGAGAAGUAUGAAAAAGAAUUGAGGGACUCAAGGGCUAGGGAACUGAUGAGUACAGAAGAGGCUGCAAUCCUAGAGAAGGAAUUGAAGAGAGAAAGAACAAAAGCGGCAGCUGCUAUCAAGUCACUUCAAGAGAGGAUGGAAGAGAAACUAAGGCUGGAACUUGAACAGAAGGAAAGUGAAGCAGAGUUGAAGUUGAAACAAGCACAAGAAUUAGGUAAAGCAGAACUAGCUGCAGCAAUAGCACGUGAGAAGGCAGCACAGAUUGAGAAAAUGGCAGAAGCAAAUCUUCAUAUAAAUGCACUGUGCAUGGCAUUUUAUGCACGAUCGGAAGAGGCUCGUAAGAGUUACUUUGCUCACAAGCUUGCUUUGGGUGCACUUGCUCUAGAAGAUGCACUUUCCAAAGGAUCACCAAUUCAGAAAGAAAUAGAUGCUUUGUACACCUAUCUUGAUGGCAUCGAAAAAGACUCUAUCUUGGAUUUGGUUUUAGCAUCCAUUCCAGAAGAAACAAGAUACCGUGGCACAGAAACACCAUUGCAAUUGAAUCAGAAGUUUGACACGUUGAAAGGGACACUACGACAUUUUAGCCUGAUCCCAUCAGGUGGUGGUGGUAUCUUAACACAUUCUUUAGCACAUGUUGCAUCCUGGUUAAAGGUAAAAGAAGCUGGCAACUCUGGAGACGGGAUUGAAUCUGUGAUUAGUAGAGUUGAGAGUUAUUUACGGGAUGGAAAACUUGCCGAAGCAGCAGAUGCUCUUGAACAAGGGGUUCGAGGUAGCCAAGCAGAGGAGAUAGUAGUUGAUUGGGUAAGGCGAGCGAGGAAUAGAGCAAUCACGGAACAAGGUCUAAUUUUCCUUAAAUCCUACGCUACUUGCCUUAGCCUUGCUUAAAGUUUUGAGAAAUUAAACUGGACACCUGCUUUUUGUUUGGAGUAUAGCUCAGUGUGAUACUAAAUUCAUUGAUUUUGUGGUUAAGCCUACAGAAAAUUUUUAUGGGUUUUCCAUAAUCACUUACGAGACAACAAAGAAUAACCAUAUCUUUCCGGAACUUAUUUCACGAGAGAUCUGUAAGAAUUUUCACUGCCCUUUUCCUGAAACUCUGUAGAAUAUCCAAUCAUCUGAAUAAAAAUUUUGUUUCUUUCAUCACUAA